AUGAAUCCAUUUGAUUCGACAGACAUAGCCUAUGCAAAACAAUACAAAUAUAAUGGCAUUGAUGAUAGUAUUUGCAAGAAGCUCUUUCUUGCCAAAUAUUGGGACUGGUGCAUGAGAUUUAUUCCAAUGAAUGUUGCACCAAAUGUAAUUACACUUAUUGGCUUUAUCGUAGAAUCAAUUUCAUUUGUAUUAUCACUUGUAUUGACAAAUGGCCUCACAAAACAGCUUCCUUGCUACGGCUGCGUUAUCAAUGCACUUUGUCUUUUCUUCUAUCAGACACUCGAUAACUUAGAUGGAAGGCAAGCCAGAAGAACAGGAAUGUCUUCCCCUCUUGGCCAGUUUUUCGAUCAUGGUUGUGAUGCCAUCACAGGUGUUUCAGAAGUUAUUAAAAGCGCCGCUGUUUUCAAUAUGGGUGUUGAAGAUGUCUACUUUUAUUAUGCUUUCUUCACAGGUAUCACAUUUGUUUUGACUUCUUAUGAAGAAUACGUAACACACAAGUUUUACUUAGGAAAGUUCAACGCACCCGACGAAGGAUUGUUGAUAUUAGUCAUUUUAUACUUAACCAUUGCAGCAUUCCCAUCAAUUGUCCCAACAAUCAGACCAUACUUCUUAUUCGCUUAUAUUCUUGGCCAAAUCUUCACCAACCUUCUUAUUUUUAUACACGUUAUCCAAUUCUGCUGGAAAGAGAAGGAAUGCAGAAAGAGAGCUUUCCUUGCUCCAAUUCCAAUGUUCAUUAGCGCAACAAUCAUUUGCCUUAUGAAGUUCCUCUUCGGAAGCACCACAAAUAGUGUGUUCUUCAUCAUGGCCACAGAGUUUAUUCUUACAUACAAUUCUCAAACCGUGAUUAUUUCUUAUUUAGUUAAGAGAGCCCCAUUAAGAUUAAUUGACCCAUUAACAAUUAUGCUUUGGGUAGCUUCUUCAAUUUCCUUUGUUUUCAAGUCUACUUCCUUUGUUCAGAACGGAUACUACUGGAUGGUUUUGUGCGCAAUUGUUUUCAGCACAAUGAUCCUUACAGAUGUCAGAGUAGUCAUCGGAUUUACAAAGGGACUUAAGAUUCCAGCAUUCCACGUUAUUCCUAAGGAAGAACCAAGAUCUGAUGAUUCUAAGAAUAAGAUCCAGCCAAAACAAAAGAAGACAAGCCAUUCUGUUUCAUUCCGUGCUCAUUAA